GAGCAUCGUGACAACAACCUCGCCUCUGAACCCACGCUGAGUCUUACCGUCGCCGCCAAUUCGACAUACAUCUCCCUCUCUCUCCUUCAGCUUCACCAACAGUCCCCACAAUGAACCACCUCCCGCAGGCUUGGGGCCGUCCCAGAGACGAUGUAUACGGCGCCUAUGACCCCUCACAUUUCUCAGCUGCCGGGCCGAACCAGCACACUCAGAGCCCCAUUGUGACCGGAACCUCGGUGCUUGCGGCCAAGUUCAAGGAUGGCGUAGUCAUUGCGGCGGACAACCUGGCUUCAUAUGGUUCCCUCGCACGUUUCACCGACGUCAAGCGUCUACGAAAGUUCAACGACGAGGUUGUUGUAGGCUUUGGCGGCGACGUCUCCGACAUGCAGUACCUCGAUCGCUUGCUUAAUUCGCUCGACAUUCGCGAGAACUACUCUUCAUCCGAGAACUCGCUCAACGCAAAGAACCUCCACACCUACCUCGCCAAAGUCAUGUACAACCGCCGAUCAAAGUUCGACCCGCUGUGGAACCACAUGCUCAUCGUAGGCAUGGAUGGCGAGAAGAAGCCCUUCCUUGCAAGUGCAGAUCUUCUCGGUACCACCUUCUCAUCACCUUCGCUGGCUACCGGCUUCGGAGCACAUCUUGCUCAGCCAAUUCUGAGGACAAUAUUGCCAGACGAGGCAGCGGUGGAGAAUGUCACCAGGGAGCAGGCUGUCGAGAAGAUUAAGGAGUGCAUGAAGGUUCUCUUCUACAGGGACGCUAGGAGUAUGGACAAAUACUCGAUUGCCGUCGUCACAAAGGAUGGAGUUGAUCUGGACGAGAAUGUGAAGCUGGAGAACCAGAGCUGGGCCUUUGCGGACAGGAUCCGGGGUUACGGUACUCAGACCGCAUAAGAUGGGCGCUUAGAACGUUCUGGUCGCGGCCAAAGAGGCUAUGGUGCUAUUCAAUGGCAGCAUUACAAACGAUAGAUAUGAAUGAAUGUACCAUUAACGGUCUGAUUAAGUCGUUGUCCGCCA